AAAGCUGCCACUAGUGAACCAAGAUGACUGCAGGAUCUAUUGCUGUGCCUACAGUGAUUCCUCUUAGGCCACCUUUACCAGGUCGCCCUAAAACUUCUAUUGACUCUAAUACCAAAAUCGAACUCAAAACAGAAAGUGCAGGGGCUGACAUCUAUUAUACAAUAAAUGGAUGGAAGCCAGAACCAUUCAAGCGGACAGGAGAAAAAUGCACUAUGAAGUAUGUUGGGCCAUUCACAUUGCCAGCUGGCAAGCAAACAGUCAAAGCUAUUGCAGUGUCUAGUGACGGGCUGAGAGAAAGCAAUGUUGUCACAAAAAUUUUUGAAGUCGACUAUGUUCCUGCACCAACUAUGCCCAUUGAGGAUGAUGAUCUUGGUUUCCAAGAUGAGCUUGAUAGAACUAGAGCCAAGAAAGAGGUGAUGAGAGCUAAAACUAAAUUAAUGAGUAGCUCAGGAUCAGCAUGGACAGAUAUGGAGGAAAUCAGGGCUACACAACAGCGCAUUGCUGAUAUGGAAGUUAAAGGAAGUUCACGACACAAGGCUUAUCCAGGGACAAGGUUUUUAGAAUCCAGACGAAAUGAACAACAGGAUCCUGUCCAACACUCCUACUCAGCUACCACACCACAACCUUAUAUUUUCAAUGGCAUCGGGUCGCAAGAUUUACGCUGGGCAACAGAGCGACAAAUGGUCCCAAGAUUUGAACCCCAGCCUCAAAUACAUUUUGAUCAAAGUAAAUAUCCCAAGGCCAGUGAUUUUCUUAAUUUCACCACAACUGCAGCUGGACAAUACCCUGGUGGGAACCAGUGGCUACCUGUGAGUGUAACACCUGCAGGAUUUAUUGUCCCAGCGCCCCAAGGGGUGGCUGCUAAUGGAGACGCCUCAUUCAAAUCCAGAAAGACUACCAACACUGUCAGCACCCAAACUGUGGGCCUGUUCUACCCAUCACAAAGACAAAUUGAUAAAACUAAGGAGAUUGAGGAGGAAAAAUUAGCUUUUGAAAAACAGAUGAGGGACCGAAGGCCUUUGUUGACAGCUGUUAGCCCAGGAAGAGGAUACUGGAGGAAACAGAUAGAACACAUCUGCCAACACCUGAAAGCCCACACACAGAAUGAUGCAGAGUUUAGGGCCCUGAUUGGAGAACCAAAAAUGGGAAAGCUCCUGACUUCUGCUGUUCAAGAAGAUGGUUAUGAAUUGAGCUUAACAUUGACCUUUGCACUCCGAGGCAACAAAGAUCCAUUUGUUGGUAAACAGUUGGGUGUGUCAAGGUCAGAGGGUUACUUGAGUGCACACACACAACUAGAUGAGCGAAUGUAUUCUGAAGAUGAAGAAUCAGAAGAAGAGGACGAGGAAGUUGCCACCUCAAGAUCGAACACUGCUAAAAAAGUCAGAAAACCUAAGCCAAAGAAGAAACAAACCCCUAAACUAUCACCUGUAAACAGCAAGUUGUUCAAACAGUUGGGACCUAAUGGCGAGGCAUCAGUCAGUGAAAUUCAGCAGUUGCUGGAUGAGGGAGCUGAUCCAAACUGCCUGAACAAAACAGAGUUGUCACCUUUACAUGUUGCAGUCAGGAACAAACACAUAGAAGCUAUCAGUGUCUUAGUCAGUGGUGGAGCACUGGUUAAUGCUAAAGGACCAAGUGCUAUUAAAGGCAACACACCUUUACAUGAAGCUGUGAGUCUGGGAGCAUCAGGGAUGAAAGUUGUUGAAGCUCUACUUGCUGCUGGUGCUGAUCAAAGUGUGAAGAACGACAGAAAUGAGACACCCCAUGACCUCGCCAUUAAAGCAGGGUACGAGUCAAUAAGUAAAAGAUUAGCCUCAGCCCUGGGUCAGUCACAGCUUGAGAAGCUGACCAAAGUUAGAAGCUAUUAAUGUAUCAAGUAUGGAUUCCUUAGUGCCAAUGUGAUUGUUAAUGUGGUAAAUUUCUUUAUAAAAUAUUGUUAAAAUCUAUGUCCAGCUGGACUUUGUUGGGCCUAUACAUUAAUUGUGUGUCUGUUGUAAUUACCAAUUUCCAAUGUAAUCAGUGAGUUUUUAGGGUUGCAAAAAUAUUGUCACCACAGAAUGUAUUUCAUUAUUAUAACAUUUCAUGUUGCAUGUUGUUAAACAGAUUUUAAAAAUAUUACGGUUUGUCUGAUAGAACUAUAAAUGUUACUAAACAUAUUUGUUUCAUAGCCUUUACAUUCAUAAGGUGACUAGACUUGUUUUAAUCAAAUUAAUUAUAAUCAGUAGCAAUUUAAGUCUAAAAACUAAAGCGUUUAAUACUUUUAUAUUCUCAUUAAUCAAUAUAAAGUGCAAUUAGUCACCCCAUUAGACUUCAUUUAUGUCUUCACAAAAAAAUAACUUUUUUAUCAUCUGAUUAUUAGAAGAUGCUUUUUAUAGUUAGCUUUAUUAACACAUUCCAGUGCUAAAAACAUGUACAUAGUUUCAUUAUUUAUCAAGGUGAUACAUUUUUUUUUGGCUGGAAAUAGAAAGUACUUUGUAAAUACAUUUUUUUUACUUAAACACUCUGUUACUGCAACUUACAAUGAUUUUAAGUCCUAAUUCCAUUUUAAUGUAUACAUUUUAUGAUUAAAUAAUUAUUGUUAGAAUCAAUUUUACCUACUUAAUAUUUAAUUGAGCACUUAAUAUUUUAUUGGAAUGAUGAUCGACAUGCUGUUUAAAUAUGGGAAAUAUUGGCUGGAUGGUUGUUUACCUGCCAUAUUAUAAAUGGAGGAAUGUUUAAUUAAUAUUCCUAGGGGAGGGUGGGGGCACAGGUUUUUGUUUCAGGGGGUAUUGUGUCCAGCCAUUAAUUUAGCUGUAAGCUAUUACUUCUAAUAGUAAUCUCUGUUUAGUGUGUACAUCUUCUCAAUUAAGCACAUUAAAUGUAACUAUUUUCUUAUAAUAGCCGUAUAAAAUGCAACUUUAAAAUUUUAGUUUAAAGGUAAUUGUGUACAAAUUACGUAAUUUAACUCAGGGUCUGGUCAAAACAUUCAUGAAUUUUUGGUUAUUUUUUUAUUCUUAAAGUUACAUCUCAUUGAUCAGAUUGUUUUCAUUUGUUGCUGUUCAAUUUGAAUAGGCAGUAGUCCACAUCAUUCAGUUAAACAUGUUUUUUUAGUUAAACACCAACUGAAGCAAUUGUUAGCUCUUAACCAAAUGGUGACCACAGACUCAACAAGAUGCCUUCUGAGAAUUUUAGUUUAUUUAAUUAAAAACAUUACCAGAAUUCAGAUCUGUCUCAACCCAUCAAAACAUUUUUGUCAAAUAAUUAAAAUAAGCAUGCACUUAUAAGUUAUGUGUUGUACAUUUAAAAUUUACAACAAAUUAUUACAAAUAAAGGAAGACAAAAAAUUGUGUCUUUUGUUUUUGUUUCAUAUAAUUUACUUGCCUUAAAUUUAAACGGGCUAAUGUGAAAAAUGACUCAUUAAAAAGGUGAUCAAUAGCACAAGUGAAAUUAGUUAAAAAUCUAACAAGUCCAUACAAAUAUGACAAACUGAUGUUUAU